UAGAAACACAGCCGUUUCCAUGGUGACCACACAAACUCUGCGUGUCGUCCUCAUUGUAUAUCUGUUAAAACAUGACAAAAAUUAUAACAGCUUUGGCUAAUUUUAAAAGACGCUAAAAGAGUUUAUUUUACUCGAACUAAACCGCACCAUGACCGAGGCCGAUCCAACAAACACAACACUGUACUUUGACGAAGAGUCUGACAGAACGGAAACAUUUUAUGACGAAGAGGCUGCAGAUGAGGUGCCGGCGUCUCUCCUGAGGUACUUUGAAACAUCCCGGAGCAGAGCGGUGCUGUGUGAGAGACUCAUCCUGGGACAUGUUGAUCAUGAAGAUGAGGAUGAAGUCUUCACAGAGCUGGACUGUAUCACUGACAAAGAUCUGGACUCACAACAUCAGCGGCAGAUUAACAGCUUCAUAAUCCCAAAUAACACAGGCAGCUCACCCUCCUCUCACAGCCCUCACAGUGAAGAGGCUGACAGUCCAGACAUAAAGGAGGUUUCAGGAAAGCAUCUGACAGAGGAGGAGCAGAGAAUGGAGGAGCAAAGCAAAGGGUUCAAGAUGGAGAGAAUGAGAAGAGAGGAGGAGGAGAGAGAAGAGGAGAGGAGGCAGAUAGAGAAGGACUUUGAGCUGGAGCUGAGGAGACUUCAGGAGGCCGAACGGGUGCAGCAGGCUCAGCUGGAGCUUGAAGCACAGAGAGCUCAGCAUAGACUUGAGCAAGAGAUGUUUCUGCAGCAGGAGAUGCUGAAGUCCCUGAAGCAGCGUGUGGAGGAGGAGAGCAAGAGGAGAUUUGAGGAGCAGGCCAAGUUUAAACUGGAGCUGCAGAGAAGACAGGAAGAUCGAAGACAAACAGAACUACAACAAAAUACAGCCAUUCAAAUUCAAACAGAGACAUUUAAUUCCCAAAUAAUGUACGAUGAUCAGGGUCAAACGCAUGGAGAGAAAUUACACAGCAUUACUGCCAAGAUAGAUUCUCUUUUAACAGAAGACAGAAUUAAUUUGGAGUGUUUGAAAGAUACGAAAUCCAGUAUUGAAAGGCAAUCAAUUCACAAAAUGGUUCAAAAUUCAAACUGUGCAUCGCUGACAAACUUAAGACCAGAUUUGCUGUGUAAAAAUGUAAACAUUGGUAAAGUUAUGAAUCAUGAGAUCAAACAAGCUGGUGCAGAGGUCAGAAAGGUCCCAGAAGUGGACAAGGAGCAGGGAUUUCAACUGAUGCAAAAAAAUGCAGUGGAAUUUCAAAAUAAAAUACCCAACGACUGCGAAAACAAUAUUGGUAAGCACAAAGCAAAGUGUGAAGAAGAGGAAAAGGUGAAUUGUGAUGAAGAUCAAAUCAGUUUUUGUAAAGAUGAGAAUACAAGAGAAACUGAAAUUAAGAGCCAAAAUGGUAGUAAUUUAGUGUUGCAUCGUAAUGAAAAAGCAAUGAACAGAAAGCAAAACACGACUGAAAUCAGCUGUAAUUUUCCGCCCAAUAGCUCCAAAUUAAAAACAAACGAUGGUGCCUGUGACGUUAAGGAAAACACUGAAGAAAUGAGCUCUAAAAAUGAAAUUAGUCUAAAUGCGUCACCAAAUGAGCCCAGAAUUGUCCAAGGACGAUUUAGUAGAAGCUUUGUAAACACUAAUACUGGUGAAGAAGAGCACAGUGCAAUCAAUGUGUCUUCAAUACCUUUGCAACAUGCAUUUGACACUAGCUUGGAAACUAUACAAAACGGUUGCAAAAACACAACAACAAGUAGCACAAAACAAUGCUAUAUAAUGUCUAGUAUCAAUGCUUUACUUAAUGCUUCAACAGCUUGUCAAGAAACUCCAACAAAUAACUGCAAUAGUGACAAGAAUCAGGCGACCACUUUGAAGGCAGAGGAUAGAGGAGAUGCCAGUUUGACAAAUCACACAAGUGCUGAUAAACUUGGAAAUACUUCUUCGAAUCUACAAGACAACAUAUGUGGACAAAACAUGAUCGAUAAAAAGGACAAAAACAAUGAAGUUAAUGAAGUUAUGGUGAUUACAGACCCCAGCACACAAGAUUCAAGAAGUAAAAGUAGUAAUACUGUAAGUAAUUCAACUAUAUCCCCCACAAGCCACAACUCUUCAAAAAACAAAUCUAAUGAAAGAGAAGAAACACUGCACAAAAUGAACAUUGAAAAUGACAAAUUUCUGAAUUCAGUUGAAGAUGAUACAUUUACAAAAACUUCAAACUGUGAACAAACAGAGUUCACAAAACGCCAAGAUACAAGACAAUACGCAGACAAUACUACCCCUACAAAUAAUUGUGGUGAAAAUUUAAAAUAUGAUCGAAAAGAAGACGGCUGUAAAAUGACAAACCCAAGCUCAAAUAACAGACAAAAUGAGCCAAAUGCUAGGGGCCAAGGUAACUAUAAUUUCUCAAUGCAAUCGUGCACAAGUGAUCUUGGAAAUUACAAAGCAAAAUUCAGCACAAUUUCUUCAAGCUGUGAUUUGGGAAACGAGGAAGCUGACCAAAAAUGUAACAGCAAAACCACAGAGGAGAUGGACAUUUUGAAGUUGGUGGAUGAAGAAGGGGCUCAACAUGCCCGCCGAAACAAAGAUAUGUUUAAUUUUUACAACUGCCAAGAAAACACAGGUGAAAUAGUUCUAAUUCAAACUGCAAAUACAGAUGCUGAUGCUACCAAAACUAAAUAUGACAAAAAUGAAGUUACUCAAGGAAAGUGCUGUAAGAAUUUGUCACAAAGUGUUUCUGAACAGUUCACAAUUAGCAAUGAUAUUAGAAAACCAAGUGAUUUAGACACAGAUCAGACUAUAUUAAAAAGUGUUUUCUUAGACAAUGUUGCCACAGAAAACCAAAAAACUACAAUAAAUAAGGAUAAUGUUAGCCAAAGUGUGCAUGAAGAUAUCACAUUUAUAAAUCAGGCAACCACAAGCUUUGAUUCUGUACAAAAGGCAAAACCUCAACAUUUUGGACAAGAUGGCGGUAAAGUUUACUGCAAUAAACGUUUGAGUAGUACCCAAGGUGGUUCAACCAAGAAAUCUGUGAGUCUUACUAAUGUUGUGUCCUCAUAUUUAAGACAGGUUAAGGUUAAGAAUAAUAUUACAGUAACAAGCAUGGAUUCUCAAAAUUUGUCUGACAAAAUUGAAGUUCCUGUACAAGAUAGCAGAAAGGAAAACUCAAACACGGUUGCCAUUUUGACGACCAGAACGGCUAAUAAAGACAAUGUACCCCCAAGCAGCAGUGAUUUUGAUACAGUGUUUGAAUGUAGUAAAGACACAAUGCAGCAUGGGAACAAGAACCACAAUAUGGACUCCAUGUUGGGGACUUAUGGUGAAAAUGAUAUUUCGAAGAAAAAUUCAAGCCAAAAUUCUUCUGAAACUGGAGCAAACAAAGACUUGUCACAGUUUGUGGAAAGGGCAAAUAGUAUGAAAGACCAAAAUUACAAAAAUAAAACUACCCCAAAUUCAGUUAAUAUUGAUAAUCAAAUUGAUACAGAAGAAGAUAUAAAGAAGAAGGACUUGGUUGAGACAAUUGAUUCUGAUUUACAAAAUUUGAUGGCAGGAGCAGAAACUUCCAAACACAACAGCAAAAAGGUGGCCAUCUUGAAGGCUGUGGCUGAAGGAGAAAGCACUACUCCUGUUAAUUAUGAUGCGGCCAGUGUGUACGAGAUUAACCAAGACAACACGGACAAUGUAUCUACCAUCUCUGGUGCUAUCUUUAGCAUUGAGGAUGGGAAAGGUUCUCAGAAUAAUCGUCUUUCUCAGAAUCGUCAAGCAGUGAGCAGUGAAACAUUUGCAUCUAAGCUCAUGUUGAUGGAGGAUUCUGGCUGGUCAGGCUUAUGUUUGCCAGAGGAGACAGAGCAGAAGAGGUUAAAGUGGAUGAGAGAGUGUCUCCCUUGGUCCAGACUACGAGCCCAGACCAAAAGAACCAUACCAGGGGAAAUGAGCAGAGGCCCAAAACGAGCUGCUGCGGCUGGGAUAGACCAUCUGCCACCUCUGCCUCCUCAGACUCUGCUCCAGAACACAGGGCUGACGGAGCUCACACGGCUAACCACAGUACACUUGGAGGACUUGUCCAGUUACAAUCUGUCCUCUCUGUCCUCGUGUCCCUGUCUCCGGUCUCUCACUCUGAGACGGUGUGGACUUAAGGCUUUGGAACAUCUAAACUACCUGCACAGACUCUGCUAUGUCGAUGUACAGGAGAAUCAGGUUUCUCGAGUGGACCUUGAAAACAUGAAAAGUUUAAGAGUUCUGAGAUUGGGACACAACUUCCUGAGGUCCACUAGGGGGCUGUCAGGAGCAGUGAACCUGUCUGUGCUGGACCUAUCUCACAAUCACAUCACUCGCAUCGGUGGACUGGAGUCCUUGAUGCGGCUGCAGACUCUCUCCUUCAGACAGAACCAGCUCACCAGCUCCUCAGGCCUCUCAGCUCUGACCUCCUUAAUGCACCUGGACUUGUCCUGUAACCAUCUUAACUCUGUGGAAGGACUUGACCAGUGCGCUCUGCUGUGGAGUCUGGAUCUAAGAGGGAACAACCUCACACAGCCUCCUGACCUGAAGAACCAGGUGCUGCUCAGAGAUCUUCACUUGGAUGACAACAGUCUCUCGUCGCUCCACACUCUGACCCAGAAUUGGUUUCCCAUGAUACACCAGCUCACCGUGGCUCAGAACAGUCUUACAGAACUGCCCUCACUGUCCAGCCUCGUGUCCCUACAGACUCUCGAUCUACGCUUUAACUGUUUAUCAGAGUUAAGUACAGUGGCAGAGAGUCUGAGGGGCUGUCUGUUCAUCAGGGACAUCUCUGUGGAAGGGAAUCCUCUACAACAGGAGCCACACUGGAGGUCCAUUCUGCAGAAGUCUGUCCUUGGACUGAGGACCAUUGAUGGACUGCCCACAGACUCUGCUCCAAAUCCCUGCUCCAGACCUGACCCUGGCUCCAGUUCUGGUCUUAGUCCUGGCCUCAGUUCUGGUCUCAGUCCUGGUCUUAGUCUUGGCCCUGGUCCCAGGCUGAGUGUGGUUUCUGGGACCUUUUUCUUUCUGUGUCAGAAUCAGCACCAUCAGAGCAGAGAGCUGCAGGCACGCCAUCGCUUAGAGAUCAGUGCUACCUCAUCUCCACUGGAGGAGCUAGAGAUUUGCUGUAGACACCUGGACGAGGAGUUUCACCUGGCCCAGGAACAACGCUUGGAGCACGAGUACGGAGAGAUGAGCCCAGUACAAGAGAGAGGGGAGGAAGGAGUGGCAGAAGAACAGGGAGGAGAAAUGGAAGUGCAGACAGAAGAGGAGAGCACGGAGAAGCAUCCAUUAUUCCUCCAGCCAAAAAAAAGUAAAGGAGCAGCAAUGAGACAGAAGUGGACAGCGCCCCCCGCAGACACAGAGGAGAGGGAGCGGGCGGCUGUGGUAAUACAGGCAUGUUGGAGAGGGUUCCGUCUGAGGAGGAGGCUGCGGCACGCUUUAGCUGAGACACAGAGCUUUGAUACUGGGUGGGACGAGGGCCUGGAGCCCUUGGACCUGGAGGAGUUUGUCAUGGAUCAGGUGUCUCUUGACGGUGACUGGUCACUAGGAUUUUAGACUUCAGUGAGAGUUAUGUUCCUGAACUGGAACGGCCACUGUCUGCUAAGGCUUGUGGCACCUCUCUCUGGGAAGCUCCUUCAGUGACAGACCUUAGAUCCAAACAGGCCUGGAGCUCUGAGAUGACAAGAGCACCUUCACCCUCGCUCUCUCUCAG